UCCUGGAUAGGGAAAGACGCACAGACAGAGAGGGGAGGGGGGGCGAGAUCCGAGCGAGCAAACGAGGUGAGACGGGGGCCUGGGCAAAUAAGGACCCUGCAAACUUUGCAUCCGAAGAAAUAUCGCGGCGUCGACGGGGAGCAGGUUUUAUGGAGGAGAAACAUAGCGGAUGCCCCCCGAUCUCCAGUGAAGCCCCGAUUCUCCUGCCAUGUCCCAGUUGCUGCACGUGGAGAUCCCCAACUUCGGCAGCACGGUGCUGGGCAGUCUGAAUGAGCAGAGGCUGCAGGGACAGUACUGCGAUGUGUCCAUCGUGGUGAAGGGCCAGGCCUUCAAGGCCCACCGCGCCGUGCUGGCGGCCAGCAGCCUCUACUUCCGGGACCUGUUCAGCGGCAGCACCAAGACGCAGUUCGAGCUGCCGUCCUCGGUGGCGCCGGCCUGCUUCCAGCAGAUCCUCUCCUUCUGCUACACGGGCAAGCUGACCAUGGCGGCCAGCGAGCAGCUGGUGGUCAUGUACACGGCCGGCUACCUGCAGAUCCAGCACAUCGUGGAGCGGGGGAUGGACCUCAUGUUCAAGGCCAACUCCCCGCACUGCGACUCCCAGACGGCCGCCAUGGAGGACCCGGGCUCCGAGCCUCAGAGCCCCAGCAACAACCUGGCCUCCGUGCUGGGCCCGCCGGGCUGGUCCCCGUCGCUGACCGCCGGCGGCGCCCGGAGGAUCAAGCUGGAAGGGUGCGAGGCGCCCCUCGGCCUGCAGGGGCUGGGGCAGAAGCGGGGCUCGGGGGAGCUGGCGGGGGCGCUGGGGGCCCGGCUGGCACGGGGCAGCUCGCUCUUCUACGCCGGGGCGGCGGCGGGGGGGGCUGCCUCUGUCUUCCCGGGGGCCCCGCCGUACCCCCUCACCCCGGGGGAGCGGGCCAGCCCUGGCGCCUCCAGCCUGCCCACCACCGACAGCCCCACCUCCUACCAGAACGAGGACGAGGAGUUUGAGGAAGAGCCGUACGACGGCAUCGCCGAGGACGCCUAUGGCCAGCUCUACGCCCGCUCUGCCCACGCCUACAGCAUUCAGGACAAAACGGAGGGUGCGGCCAUGGCCCUGCCCCUGGAGGGCCGGUCCUGCGUGCUGAUUCGCCGGGACCUGGUGGCGCUGCCCGCCAGUCUCAUCAGCCAGAUCGGGUACCGCUGCCACCCGAAACUCUACACCGAGGGCGACCCCGGGGAGAAGCUGGAGCUGGUGGGAGGGACCGGGGUGUUCAUGACCCGAGGACAGCUGAUGAACUGUCACCUAUGCGCUGGAAUCAAGCACAAGGUGCUUCUGCGGCGUCUGCUGGCCACCUUCUUCGACAGGAACACACUAGCCAACAGCUGCGGGACAGGAAUUCGCUCAUCCACCAGUGACCCCAGCCGGAAACCACUGGAUAGCCGUGUGCUCAACGCUGUCAAACUCUACUGUCAGAACUUUGCACCCAACUUCAAGGAGAGCGAGAUGAACGUGAUCGCAGCGGACAUGUGCACCAACGCGCGGCGGGUGCGCAAGCGCUGGCUGCCCAAGAUCAAGUCCAUGCUGCCUGACGGGAUGGAUGUGUACCGGGGCGGGGCGGGGGCGGGGGCGGGCCUGGCGUUGGGGAUGGGCGGGGCCCAGGCCGGCGUGCCCCUGCCCUUCGAGGCCGACUUCAAGUCCCUGACGCCCUCGGGCCUGGCCUUCGAGCAGCGGCUCUACGGUGAGCGCAAGGACAGCCUCAGGACUCACCUCCAGCUGGACGGCGCCAGCCCGGAGCCCGAGGUCAUGCCGGAAGGGGCGGAGCCUGAGCUGGGCGUGGCCGCUGGGGAGGAGGAGCCCGAGGAGGAGGAGGAAGAGGAGGCGGCGCUGGAGAGCUCGGAGGGGGCCAGGGGGGCGGUCCCGCUUGUGCCCGGGGGCGAGGCGGGGGGCGGCGGCUGUCGGCCCUGCACACCAGAAGGACAGAAGGGAGAGGAUUUUGGGGAGGGGCUGCGGAUAAAUGGGCAGUGAGCGGAUCCCCACCACCCCCUUUUUGCAGCACCACCCUCUCCUCCCUCCCCGACCUCUCCGCCCUCCAAAGGGAACCCUUCGACAUAGGACACCACACUAGCAGAACACACAUCCCACCGACACACAGUGCAGUGCGCGAAGGACACUGCUCAGACAAGGACUCACACACACUCCCAACGCAGAGCAGACACAGGCAUGGCAAGAAAGAGAAGGCAUGCAGCAUGCUAAUGUCACAGAGAAAGGCUUCAAACCGGGGAGUUUGACCUGCUGACUAGCAAAAUCCCGGUGAGCACCCGUAUGUAGGUUAGUUCAGUGCAAAAAGCUAUUUUCUUGAUCAUAUUAUUCAUUCCCUUACCAAAAACAAUUGGAUCCAUAGACCUCUAUGCCAUUCUGCUAAGAGGAUACAGACUUUCUGUAAGAUUUUGUAAGUCUGUAAGAUUUUAAGAUGCUUUUAUCAAAGCUGUUUGAGCAACCACAAAGCCAAGGUAACCCUGAUCUAGAAAACAAUUCUGACUGAAUCUACACCUUUGCAAAAAUGCAGCAUGAAUCUAGCACAGUUGGGGGGGGGGUAAAAAGAUGAGAGUUUGAGAACUGUAUAAUUUACCCACUGAAAGAUGUGCAGAACUACGUGGAGGGAGUGUGCAGAUGUUUAUAAUUUUGGAGGAAAAACUCUCUUUU